GCCUUGGCAAGUAGAUAAAUGCCUUGUGUCCUCGACCAAACUUCGAUCAUUCACCAAAUCACCCAAUCUAUUGGUUAUUUGAUCCAGCAUUGGAAAAUGAGAACUCAUAUCUUAACUUUGCCUCUGCUCUCAGGGCUAGUUAGCAUAUCAACUGCAGCCAACACCGAAAGCGACUAUCUAGCAACCGUAACCCUCGCCCCAACCGCCUCUGGGGCUGAAGCAUUUGAUCUUGAAGAAAAGCGCGCAGAAUGUUUCCAGGCUUGUUACGAGACUUAUGGAAACUAUAAGUCUUGUACUAGAGGAGGUGUUUUCCAGUGCUGGUGUAAUGAGUCUGUUGAUUGGGUUGAGAGAGAGGAAGAUUGUGUUUGGGACAUCUGUGGUCCAUCUGCUUAUAACCUCUAUGGGACUGUUUGGAGGAGGGUCUGUGAGACUGUGACGGCUUCUGCUAGUCAAACUACUGAGACUGGAUCAACGUCUUCUGACGAGAAUGUAACUUCAACUUCGGCAGAGACCACGAGAGCCGAGACUACAAGCAAAGCUGAAGCUAGUCAAGCACAAGCAACAGAGAAUUCAACUUCUGGUAGUGGUUCCACGAUAGCUAGUAGCGGAACAGCAGCAGCAACUACGAGUGCUGAAUCAAGUAGUGCUUGGAAAAUGGGCUCGUCGUUGUGUGUUUCGGCUACCUUUGCUAUUGGUGCAAUCUACCUUGCAGGAAUGGCUUUCUAAUAUUACAAUCGUGUGUCAGAGUUGCAAAUACUGUAGAUAGUCGCAUAGCAUACCUAGUUAAAAUCAAUUAUUAUCUCUCAGGAACCCUUGAAGAGAUUUCAAACUUCCGACA